AUGCGCUGGUCAUUGCUAUUCUCGUUAGCACUGCUAGCAUUAACAUGUGAAGCUGCGAAGUCGACGAAGAAAGUCGGCGGCACUGUCGCCGUGCACCCCAAGAAGCAUCCGAACCGCAAUCUUGAACGAAUGAAGUAUAAUCGAUGGAGAGAGCCGCCUCGUGAUUGCUCCGAUGCUCCAAAACAUCUUAAGCAGACAUGCCUCAUGAUUCGACGAAUGGACUUGGCUACACGUCGUCGCCUUGCCCGUCAGGCUAUUCGCCAAACCCGUCCGAAUCAAGUGCCGAACUUCUUGCAACCAAUUCCGGUGCCGGCGAAUGCUCGUGGUCAAGCCGCCUAUCAUCCAUACGAUUGCAUGACUCUUCUCUGUCUGUGCCCAUUCUUCAAUGGUCGCAAUGUGAAUGGACAAUGUAUUCUUGCGAAUGGAGUUCCACUUACGAUGGCAUGGCGCAAAGAAUAUCGAAUGAUGAGCGAAGACGAGCGUCAAAGAUGGCACAAUGCGCUGAACACAUUGAAGAGAAAUGGUGAAUACGAUCGAAUCAGUCGGCAGCAUUUUGAAGUCGGAACUGGAUCUGGAGCGCAUUCUGGACCAGGAUUCCUUCCAUGGCAUAGAGAAUACCUUAAGAGAUUUGAAAUUGCGUUGAGAAUGGUCGACCCAACUGUCUCGAUUCCAUAUUGGGAUUCUGUUAUGGAUUCUUAUCUUCCGGACCCGCGCGAUUCCAUCUUUUUCUCGGACCUGUUUGUCGGCGGAACUGACUUCUACGGCAACGUGAUUUCUGGUCCAUUCGCUUAUUGGAGAACACUUCACGGCCGUUCGACGAUUCUCAGAAAUCUCGGAGCCGAAGGCCAGUUGUUCAAUGAGAAUCAAGUGAACACAAUUGUGGCGCAGAAUACAAUCGAGAACACGAUGGCGUACACGGCACCGCAACCAGGAUGCCCAUAUCCGAACAACUACGGAGCCAUCGAAUACUCUCACUCGAACAUCCAUCUAUACAUUGGCGGUGACAUGAAACCACCAACGACUUCCUCAAAUGACCCGGUCUUCUUCAUGCAUCACUCGUUUGUUGAUUACCUUUGGGAACUGUGGCGUCAGCUUCAACAGCCCAGAUGGCUCCGCGAGCAGGCUUACUCAGCUGAUCACCCAACAUGCGCCAACUGGCAACACUUCAGCUACGCACCAAUGCGUCCAUUCCCAUAUUUGGUGAAUCGCGAUGGACUCUCGAACUCCUACACUGAUCAAAUGUAUAGAUAUGCUCCACGAGCAACAUGCAGCCAUCAGAAUCCAAACUGUGGAUCGCCAUACCUAUUCUGCGACACUCGAGGUUACCCACAUUGUGUCUCAAAGGUCCGAUUGAAUGGAAAUUGUCGUGGAUUCGAACAAUACGAUUCGUGCUACGCUUCUCGUUGCUGGUGGGGACGAUGCGUCAACUCUCAAUUCGCUGCUCGAAUGAAAGGCGCCAAGAAUACGAACACAACGAGCGCUGUCGAUCUCGAGCUCGCCAACAUGAUCACCGUGAAUAGCACGAAAGUCGAACGUGUGCCACUCAUCAAGCGAAUCAAUAUCAAAAUGACGGCGCCGUUGUUCAACGACUGCUACAACCGCAAUCCUUGUUGCGAUUCGUGGGCCAAAGAAGGGCAGUGCACGAAGGAGCCAGAAUUCAUGAGCCAGUACUGCGCCGCGAGCUGCUCCGUUUGCACUCCUUCGUACAACACCAGCGAUCCAUGCGUCGAUCGGCACGUCAACUGCGGCGCCUGGAAAAACGACAAAAUGUGCAGCGGAAAAUCGGCGGACUUCAUGUCGGAGAACUGCCGAAAAUCGUGCGGAAAAUGUAGUCUUGAGAGAAAAUCGCAAUGUUACAACAAAGGAAAAAUCAUCCCAAUUCCAUCAAGCGAACGCCUCCGCGAAUCGAUUAGUGAAGCAAUCGAGCCGGAAGUCAAAGAACGCCUUCAGAAGAUGAAGUCGAUCAGUCAGAAGAAGCGCCAAAUCGCGCAUGAAGUCGCGGCGACAAAAAAGAAGAGCGGUUAA